AUCCCCCAGACUGCAGUGAGUUGCAGGACAUCUGCCACAACUUUGGUAUACAUUCAGUUCUCUUGCAGUAAAGCAAAUGUCUGUCAGUAAUUUGUGGCUGAACUGAAAGACCAUCUUUUGACUGAAUAUCUUCAAAAUGAAGCCUACUAUACCACUUGACAGCUCUUGUGAUUGUUUUCAUCCUGUUAGAAUCCUCUAUCCUUUGCCAGAGCUUUUUUCAGUUGCUGAAUCCAUUACCAAGAAACAGAUUUUUCUACAGCAGUGGAGGUUGGAAAAAAAUCUGCAUGGAAAGCAGUAAACUGCAUUUGGUAUUUUGCUAUAUUCAAUCCAUGAACAUAAACCAAGCUGCUCUUUUGAAACUGGUUAUGCUUGUUCUUGUAUUUUAUUUGAGGAUAAGAUAUUAGGUGUGGUUGCUUUGGGCCAUCAGAUACAACUUGCACAAUAUCACUUGGUCCUGAUGGAAUCUUAUUCCCUGGGAUUACCGUGUUAUCAAGUGGGUUCCAUUUCAGCUUCUGUUCACCAUAUUAUCCAGUCAUUUCCUUCCAUGUCGUCUUCAUCUGGUGGCAAAUCUGAUGCUGAAUGUUCUACUUCCGAUUCUUCUACGAUACCAUCUUUGUCAUUAUCUAAGGCUAUGUUUACACUACCGCGUGUCAUAGCCUUCAGGGAUAUUCCCCAAUCAAGUAGGGACACAGGAAUGGUCAUCAGUUGAAAUCUCACUUCAGAUGGUGUGCGUCCUGUAGGUGCUGCAUUUCAGCAGCAGUCUCCUGUUCACUGAGGUAAGGAAGUAUCUUUGUAUUUCACUAAUCACUUCUACAGUCACACCUCAUAUACCACAGCAGCAGAGGAGGUUUGUUCCCUUACUAUUCUUCUACUACAGGCAGAAGGGGUAGAAAGAAAUAUUUUUGGGUGAGGGGGAGGUGCCAGCAACCCCUUGCCAUCUUCGCUGGCUUCCAGACUACAGAGUAAAUGUAACAUACUUCAAAAGUGCUCUGGACAACUUUUUAGCUAACCUUUGAUAUUUUACUUUUUUUUUAAGGAUUUUAAGAGUAUCAGAUCUACUUUUAUGGGGAUCUACUUACGGUGGGGCUAGUAGCACUAACUAAAGUUGCCCAACAUGUCCCAUUAUAAAAGUAUUCAGUUGCUUAUUUUUCUGUCAAAACUUAAGCCAUUUGGGUUGAAACUGUAUACUUCAGGCUAAAGUUUGUUUUGUUUUUUAAAUUUCAGAGCAAAAACAACUCACCUGUUUGAGAACAAGGCUAAGGAGAAAAAUGCUUUUCUGCCAUUUCAAAAAAUUCUGAUUUACUUUUUUUGAGAAGCUCUAAUGCCCACAUGCUUUGGAGCAGGGACUUAAAAUUUGGCUGGUGGAUGGCUUUUGUGUCAGGGAUGUGCCUCUUACUGAUCCUCUGAAAAUCCAACCAAACUUGGCCAAGUUAGAAGCCUUUGGUAAAACCUGUUUACACAUGCUCAUAGACUCCUUAAAAUUUUAGCUGCUAAAAUUGCCAAAGAUUCUGUGCACACUGAACACGUUCCCUCUCCUGCAUGUGAUUGCCUGGCUUAGUGAACAGAAUGAUGUGUCCACUGUGGUGUUCAGUAUCUUGUUCUAUUUGUUCAAUAUGUGACUCUAGAUCUUUCAUUUACAGCACAUUAUUCAAACCCAGUACAGAAUUAUGUCAUCGUGGGCUCCUCCAUGGUGCUCAUCAGUGUGAGACCUGAGUGCUUCACAAACAUAGAUCAGUUUAUUUUCCCUGUGAGAUUGGGGUGGGGAAAGGGAGCAGUAGUAUCCCCAUUUUACAGAUGGGGAGUUGAAGCACAAAGCUUAAGAUUAGCAGUAUCCACUAAACUUGGGUGCCCAGUUUGAGACAGUUAAGACCUGAUUUUAUUUAUUUUAUUUUUUUUGGAGUGCUUAGCAUUAUAUGGCAUUUUGUAUUCAAAGCCACAGCUCCAUUGACUUCAUUUGCAGCUGUGAGUGCCAAAAUUCCUGCAAGUAAGACUCUAGAGUAUCAAGUUGGACACACAGAAUUAGUGACCACCUGUGAAAAGUGACAUGAUGUGCUUAUCGCUCUGGACAGACUUCCUUUUCCCAUUGCUGCUGAAGAAAGAGGCUGCCUGCUGGCUUCUGCUAUUGCUGCUGGGAGGGCAGGAGGAGCUAUGUUGGAGCCCUCUGUCCAUGCCCCCAUUGAGUCUGCUCACCACCUGCCUGUCUUCACUUGCGUUGGGGCUGCAGUAACCACUUACUUACUAGGCAACCUCACAUGGGUGUGCAUGUGCUGCUCCUCCUCAGAUUUCUCUGUUGGGCUAAUGGGCCCUCUUCUCCCCCUGCCUGUCCACAGGUCCCCUGCUUGUGGUUCACUGCUCCUGAUUCCCCCCUGCCCCCACACACACACACAUCACAUAGUCCUCUUGUUAUUCCCCCUCUCCCACAUUUCAUUGCCUGACCUAUUCCCUUGCUCUCUGUUACCUACUGCCUCAGCUGGCUCCACUAGCACCAUGUACUGUGCAUUCCCUGCCCUUGUGUUAUCUCACCAAUCAUUGCACCCCACACACACUUACUUAUACACUCCCUACAGUGCAGCUCUAAGAGCUGGAUUUUUUUCCACUCCAGUGCCAACUGUAAUCCCCAAUCUCUUUCAUUUGUUUGAUUACUCCUUCCAGUUUCGAUUAGUUCUCUCCUCCCCGCAUGUGCAGCCCUAUGGAGAGGAGUGGGUAACAUCUGUUUUCCCUACCCUCACCCCUUUUUAUAUUCUCCCUCCUGUCUCCCCACUCCAGUGGCUGUUCUUACCACUGUCGCUCGAGGGUGGACUCCAGCAAUGGCUGCUUGGAGAGGGGACAUUGUACAAGGAACUGUACCUCCUUCCAGAUGCAAUUAGCAGCUUAUUUUAAUAAAAAGGAGGAAAAACCUCUAAUGGCAGAAAGCUGUAACAGAAACCCAGUUUGGGAAUAUUUUAAUGAACUUCCUCUACCUGUGGGAAAGACAGGAAUACAUGCAAAGAGUGAACAAAGAAAUGCAAGGCCUGGUUGCCCGUAUGAAACAACAUCAUGAGAAGUGUUCCUUCUAAGGAGGAAGUUGCAUUGAAGAUGAUGAAAGGAACAUGUCCAAACGUGCAGGAUCUUCAGGUAAACAAGUCAGAACCAAAUUGUCACAGGCCUUUAAUCACUGGCUGAAUGUUCCAGAAGAUAAAAAACAGGUUAUUAUUGAAGUGACAGAGAUGUUACACAAUGCCAGCUUACUCAUAGAUGACAUUGAAGAUAACUCAAAGCUACGACGGGGCUUUCCAGUGGCUCAUAGCAUCUAUGGAAUUCCAUCUGUAAUAAAUUCUGCUAAUUAUGUGUAUUUCCUUGGUCUACAGAAGGUUUUAACACUUGAUCACCCAGAAGCUGUGAAAGUGUUCACUCGUCAGCUGCUGGAACUCCAUCAGGGCCAAGGUUUGGAUAUUUACUGGAGAGAUACAUACACCUGUCCUACAGAAGCAGAAUAUAAAGCCAUGGUACUGCAAAAGACAGGUGGUCUCUUUGGAUUAGCUGUGGGCCUCAUGCAGUUGUUCUCCAAUUAUAAAAGAGACUUAAAACCACUCCUUAAUACACUUGGGCUCUUCUUCCAAAUACGAGACGACUAUGCUAAUUUACACUCCAAAGAAUAUAGUGAGAACAAGAGUUUUUGUGAAGAUUUAACUGAGGGCAAGUUCUCAUUCCCAACUAUUCAUGCUAUUUGGUCCAGACCUGAAAGCACUCAGGUGCAGAAUAUUUUGCGUCAAAGGACAGAAAAUGUAGAUAUAAAAAAAUACUGUGUACAUUACCUUGAGAAUGUAGGUUCCUUUGAAUACACUCGGCAGACGCUGCAAAAGCUUGAAUCUGAAGCAUAUGAACAGAUUGAGUCACUUGGGGGGAACCCUGAACUUGUAGCACUAGUUGAACACUUAAGCAAAAUGUUCAAAGAAAAUGAAAAUUAACUAAUUGAUUUGACUUAUGGUUUGGAGAGGGAAACUUUAAAACCACCAUAUAUUAACUAGACUAUCUUACUAAAUCGAUGGAAAGAAAAGUGUAGAAAUGAUGCUUAUUUAAAAUUACUCAUAGAAACUGCUAUAUUAAAUAUUGUGUAAGUAGUAAUUGAAGGGUAUGUGUAUGUACCACAAAUUAUCUCUGCAGCUUUAAUUACAACUGCUUACAAAAUAUUGCAUGGAGAAAUAAACUUGCAUAGAUCUGUUAAGCUAAAAUUGUUAAUUUUAGUUUUUCAUGUGAAUCUUUCAGUUGUAAUCUCCACUGCACAGUCAGUGGUGUUUAUUUUAGCUAUAGAGUUUGUGUCCUCUAAGAACAUUGCAGGUUUUAAUCUGAUUAAGAUAGGUUUGACUAAGUUUCCGUAUUAAAUUGAAUUUGCUCUGUUU